CCUAAUAUAAGAUUUGGGUUCGGCACAUUAGCCACGGCUUCCUUGCCCCCUCUCAUUUCCGAUCGUCGCCAUGGCUUCCGAGAAGAAGCUUUCGAACCCGAUGAGGGAGAUCAAGGUCCAGAAGCUCGUCCUCAACAUCUCGGUCGGUGAGAGCGGUGACCGUCUCACCAGAGCCGCCAAGGUAUACUGGAUCCACGUCGCGUCUUUUUCUGUCUGUUUCUACAAGCUUGCUUGUGCUCGUGAUCUCUGUUUUCUUCCGUUUUCUUUGCAGGUCUUGGAGCAGUUGAGCGGGCAGACACCAGUGUUCUCAAAGGCAAGAUAUACUGUCAGGUCGUUUGGGAUCAGGCGUAACGAAAAGAUUGCGUGCUAUGUCACUGUCAGAGGUGACAAGGCAAUGCAACUCUUGGAGAGUGGAUUGAAAGUGAAGGAGUACGAGUUAUUGAGGAGAAACUUCAGUGAUACUGGCUGUUUCGGUUUUGGCAUACAAGAGCACAUUGAUCUCGGGAUUAAGUAUGACCCAUCGACGGGUAUCUAUGGAAUGGAUUUCUAUGUGGUGUUGGAACGUGCUGGUUAUCGUGUGGCCCGUCGCCGGCGAUGCAAAUCACGUGUUGGAAUCCAGCAUAGGGUUACCAAGGAGGAUGCCAUGAAGUGGUUCCAGGUCAAAUACGAGGGUGUUAUCCUCAACAAGUCUCAAUCAAGCACUGUUUAAGAUCUCCUAAUCUCCCAGAACCUGUUCUUCAAACUGUAGUUUCACUAGUCUUGUUUUGACAGUUGACUUUAUAGUAUACAAUGCACUUAUUUGCCUUUCCAGUUUUUGACCUGUACCCUGAAUAUUUUGAUCACAAAGUAUGAAGAUUAAUUUUUAUACUA